UUGACAAAUUAUGGAAUACCAAAUUUCCUUAAAAAAUCCAUUAAAACAUGUAACUCAACAAGUAAAAUGACGUCGUUACGUGUACUGAAACCGACGUAAAAAUACAAAGAAAAUAACAUAAUCAUGUAUUCAUAGUGAUUAUUUGAAUUUAUAAUAUAGUACAGUAAUUGUUUACGCAUAACAUGGCAACUGCACCAAUAACAGAUAACUCUCCGAAAUCCUUAUUAAAAGCCGUGGAAGGUAAAAAUGAUGAAAAAUUAGAAAAGAAAUUAACUAUUCUCGAAUCGCAUGGAUACACUCUUGGUAAAACAAUAGGUACCGGUUCGUAUGCCACUGUAAAAAUUGCCAAAUCUAAUCGGCAUGAUUGCCAAGUAGCAGUAAAAAUUGUUUCAAAGUUUCAAGCACCCGGAGAUUAUUUAAAAAAAUUUUUGCCUCGUGAGAUAGAAGUUGUUAAAGGUUUAAAACAUCCAAAUCUAAUUCGUUUUCUUCAAGCAAUUGAAACAACUCACCGCGUUUAUAUAAUUAUGGAAUAUGCUCAAUGCGGUAGUUUAUUGGAUAUGAUAAGGCGUGAUACAUUUAUCGAUGAAUUUCGUAGCCGUCGAUGGUUUCGGCAAUUAUUAGAAGCUAUCGAUUAUUGUCAUGGACGUGGUGUUGUACAUAGAGACAUCAAAUGCGAAAAUCUUUUAAUGGAUCAGAACUUCAAUAUCAAAUUAUCCGAUUUUGGAUUCGCACGUGGACAAAUGAAAUCGAAGAACGGUAUAGCUCCGUUAAGUGAAACUUUCUGUGGUAGCUAUGCUUAUGCUUCACCAGAAAUAUUAAUGGGUGUUCCAUAUUUACCUCAAUUGUCUGAUGUAUGGUCCAUGGGAGUAGUACUCUAUGCAAUGGUUUAUGGUCGACUACCAUUUGAUGAUACAAAUUACAGCCAACUUCUAAAGCAAGUACAAAAUAAAGUUAUAUUUCCUAAAGAACCAAACGUGUCUCAAGCUUGUCGUUCACUUAUCUCACGAAUACUUGUAUCGCAACGAAUACGGUUGGAUAUUGAUCACAUAAGAAAUGAUGUUUGGCUUGCUACGUCUCUUGUUACUGCCCAGACCUCUACUAGCGACAUUUUGACAGAUAUUCCUACAGUACCGAGUGUAAAGAAAAUAGCAAGUGAAAAGAACAAAGGAACAAAAAGGCAUGCGAUUGGUAUUGGAGCGUCAGUUACCGACGUUCGGUCAUCUAAUUUCAGCAUUUUAGAUGAAAGCAGCAAUCGAUACCGUUGUUUGAAAUAAAUUUCAAGUCUCUUAUCUCCAAACUCCAAAGGACAUUUUCUUGAUUUUCCGUAUUUCGUUUAAUAUUAAAAUUAUCACAAUAUUAUGGCACUUUUAUUUGUAUUUGUUCUUUAGUUCAUUCUUCAUACUUACAAGGUUUAAUAUGACCAGUAUAGUUAAUAUCAAAUAAGAGUCCAAAUAUUUAUUAGCAAACAGGACCUGCCUAAAUGCAUAAUCUGAGACAAAUACAGUACAUAGUACUGUACUCAUUCAGUCAUAACAUAGAAUGAUACUUGGCAAUCAUAAGCAAAAGUAUCGUACUUAUCACAAAAAUACCAGGAGCAGUUGCUUUGUGGAUAUUCUUUGUAUCGUCUGUAAAAUAACGUAACGUUUCAAGUAAAUUAACAAAAUCAAAUUUUGAGACCAAAAUGAAAACGUACCGUUGGUAUCAGUUACUGGUUCCCAACCUAAGCUACGAUCGAUAGCCAUUUUCCAUUGAGAAUAUAAUAUAUCUCGUUCUAAAUAAAACAUGAUUCAUAUCUUUAACGAACUGAAUGAGCCAAAAAUUCGAAAAGAUAUUGAACAUACCAUUCUCAGUUAUCGAAGGUAGAAAGGUGUCGCUUGGUACAGCGGCGUCUAUUUUCACAUCCCAUUUACGUAUACCAUCUGCAUUUCCUGCAGCAAUUGCAACUCCAAGUGCAGUAGUUUCACACAUUAAAGGCCUCACUUUCUUGUAAAAUUUUUUAAUUAAUCAGGUAUUUCUUUUGCUCGUAUAUUUUGUUCUUAUUUGUUUUAAUCCCAAAAGGUAAAGUCUUUAUAAAAAAUGAAUCCACUUACCAACUGGAAUUCCACAAAUGUCUGCUUGCAUUUGCAUUAACAAAUUAUUGGUAGUCAUAGCACCAUCUACCAACAAUUUAGAUAAAAUUAAACCUGUGUCCUCUUUCAUAGCUUCUAAAAUGUCUCUUGUCUGAAAACAAAUGGCUUGCAAAGCUGCCUUUAUAAUAUGUGUGCUAUUAGUGUCUUCAGUAAUCCCACAUAUAACACUGAAAUAUUAAAUACUUUGCAAGAGAUAUGUGAUAACAAAAUUAAUUAAGAUUUUUAAUUUGAUAUUAACGAAUAAUUAUAAUGUUUAAUUAUCAUGUUAUUCACCUUCUUGCAUCUUUCCUCCAAUAUGGAGCAUAUAAUCCAGCAAAUGCAGGCACAAAUGUAACGCGAUUAUCAGUAGGAAUUUGUUCAACAAGAGAUUCAGACUCUUUCACAUCAGACAGUAUACCAAGGUUAUCUUUCAGCCAUUGAAUAACAGCACCAGCUAUAGCUACUGAUCCCUCAAGAGCAUAUACCGGUGUUGCUUGUGGUCCUAACUGAUAGGCGACUGUUGUCAAUAAUCCAUGAGACGAAUCUACAAUCUUCAAAAUAAUUUAUCAAUAUACAAGGUAUGAAGGAAAAUAUUUUAAAAAAUAUUAAAGUUAAUCUUACAGCAGUUCCAGUGUUGUAUAAGAGAAAACAACCUGUGCCAUAAGUGCUUUUUGCGUGUCCUUUUUGUAAACACAUUUGACCUACCAACGCUGACUGCUGAUCACCUAAACACUGUGUGUGUAUAAAUAUUUACGUAUAAAUAUCUAUCUAUAAUUACUAUUUUAUUGAUAAGCAUAUUAAUUAUAAGAAAUAUUAACUCCUGAUAUUGGUACUCCAGAUAAAAUAUCAUCUUGUAUAUAUCCAUAUAUUUCUGACGAACUACGGAUUUCAGGUAAAAUUUCUGGAGGUAUAUUAAAAAAUGAUAACAAUGUUGGAUCCCAUUUUAAAGUUGUAAUAUUCAUUAGCAUUGUCCUCGAAGCAUUUGUAACAUCAGUGGCGUGGACACCAAAACUUGUCCCUCCAGUUAAGUUCUACAAAAAAAUAAAAUGCUUUUAUGUUUCAUAUUAAAAUACAUUUCACAAUAAACAAUUAUUAUUGAACCGACCCAAAUUAACCAAGAAUCAAUUGUACCAAACAGACAACGUUUUUGAUCUAGAGCCUCACGAACACGAGGCACAUUUUCUAGUAACCAUUUUAAUUUCAAAGCACUGAAAUAUGGACUAAUCGGUAAGCCACAAAGUGGUUUCAAAUAAUUUUUAUUUUGAUUACGUAUCUUUUUCAAUAUGUCAUCCACGAUCGAAGUUGUUCUCAUAUCCAUCCAUACUAUAAGAUAAUAAAUUUAAAUUUUAUUCUUCUUAAUAUGUAAUUAUUGAUUUGUUGAUAUUGAUAUAUACAAUUGAAAACUGUGUAUGUAAAAAAUCUUGAAUCAAUGAUUACCAAUAGCAUUGUAUAAUGGUUCUCCAGUAAUAGAGUCCCAUACAACUGUAGUUUCUCUUUGGUUUGUUAUACCAACUGCAACUAUAUCACUAGGAUCAAUGGUAAGUUGCCUCAAAUUAAAUAUAGUCUGAUUAAGACAUUCCCUGACUGCUUGUAAUAUUUCUGCAGGAUCUUGUUCGACCCAUCCUUCUUUUGGACAUGAUUGUGAUAUCGAAACCUGAUGAUAUGUUAAUACUUCGGCAGUAUCCGCAGCAAAAACC